CCUCUCCCGUCAGCACAUCAAUGUUGUCUUCUGGUCCCCAGUCCCUCCGGCCCCAGGUUCACCCAGGCCAGGGAAGGAGCAGUGGCACUGUUCUGGAAUGCUCUAGAACCUCCAGCUGUUCUGGAACUCUGCAACUUUCAGGCAAAGGGCCAGAGCCAGGAUCGCAGAGCCUUCCUGUCCCAGGUGGUGCUGGCACCACCACUGGGCCUCAUGUGGACGCUGGCACUAAGUGUGGCUCUCCUGGAGGCUGCCCAGGCCUGUCUCUUCUGCCGCCUCCCAGCGCAUGGCUUGUCGGGCCGCCUGGCUCGGCUCUGCAGCCAGAUAGAGGCCCAGUGGGAGGACUGUGAGGCCUCCUGGAACUUCUCCACCUUUGCCUUAGAUGAGGAGUCCAUGAACAAGGUCACGGAGAAGACUCACAGAGUCCUGAGGGUCAUGGAGAUCAAAAGGUCUUUCUCCUCGCUCCCUCUCUAUUGGCAAUGGCUUCAGAUGACCAAGUUUCCUGAGUACAACAGGGAAGCUCUCUGCAGUCCCGCCUGUUUUGGGGCUCCCCUCCCCAGCUCUGUCCCGCUGUCUCCUGCAGGGGGCAGCACCAUCCUGUACAACUGCUCCACCUGCGAGGGCUUCGAGGUGCUCUGCUGGCCCCAAAAGCGCUGCUUCCCAGGAAGUCACGAUCUUCGGGAAGCCAGGAUUCUGCUCCUCUGUGUCUGUGGAACUAUCCUGCUCAUGGGCGUCCUAAGCCUUGUGGUGGAGUGA